CGCAAUUGCAGCUCUGCAACUGCAUUUUUCUGAGCGACGCAAAAGUUAAUUUUACAAGAAACGAAAAUUGAAUUACUUUAACAAACUAGUUAAGCGAAAAAGUUUAAUAAAAUUAAUUCACGAAUUGGAUGUACCCAAUUGCCCAUCCCAUAGGCGACAGAAGACGAAGGUAAACAAAUGCGCGACAUGGCCGACUUGGACGCAGUGCAUCUUGGUCUGGACGAGAAUGAAGCCGAUAUAGCUGAGGAGUUGCAGGAUUUUGAGUUUAAUACGCGAAGUGAGGCAUCCGAAUCGAAUGGCGGUGCCAGCUCGGAUGACUCUGAGCCGAGUAUAAGCUCGGUGAGUACGGCACCAUCCUCAAGUGGUAAGCGAAAGACCACCAAAACCAAAGCCAAGGUUAAGGAGUUGCCACAAAAGAAAUCAAAACGCGAGGCUUCGCCCCAAGAGGAAGAGUUAAAUGGUGCCAAGAAAAAGAAGCAACGUGAAUCCAAGACAAAAAAGUCAUUAACAACCACAACAACUGCAACGACAACAACGAGUAAUGAAUCAACCAAAUCGACGCCACCUGCAGAAUUUGAGGCCAAGAAAUCCCGUCACAAAAAAUCAUCAACAUCCACAACAACGACAACAAAUCCCACUGAAUCGCAAAGAAAAUCCGAUAUUAGCGAUGCCGAAGAUGAAAAGCCGCCAGCACCACCGGCGCUUGAGUCGGACAGUGAGUCCUCCGAUUCGGAUUCGGGUACACAGCACAAAAGAAAUGGCGGCACUGGCAGCGGACGUGGCAAAACCAGCUCCAAGAGCUCAACGCCUGAGAAAGAUGAUAAUAAUCAAGGCGGCGGCGGGGCUUCAGGUGGCAACUCACAGAAAGCCUAUGAUUAUAUGACCAAACUGAACUAUCUAUUUCGGGAUACACGUUUCUUUCUAAUUAAGUCCAAUAAUAGCGAUAAUGUCCAAUUGUCCAAGAGCAAGAAUGUAUGGGCCACUUUGCCCCAGAACGAUGCCAAUUUGAAUCAGGCAUUUAAAGAGGCCAGAAAUGUGUUGCUGAUAUUUUCCGUCAAUGAGAGCGGUAAAUUUGCCGGUUUUGCUCGCAUGGCGGCUCCGUCACGCCGGGACAUUCCCCAAGUUGCCUGGGUCUUGCCGCCUAGCAUCUCGCCCAAGGCUCUGGGCGGUGUUAUUGAGUUGGACUGGAUUUGCCGCAAGGAACUUUCGUUUAAUGCCACCUUGCAUUUGCACAACUCCUGGAAUGAGGGCAAGCCGGUGAAGAUUGGCCGAGACGGACAGGAAAUCGAACCGAAGAUCGGCGGAGAACUAUGUCGGCUAUUCCCCGAGGAUGAGCAGAUUGAAUUGACGCCGAUUUUGAGAAAAUCCAAAGAGACGGCACGCGUGAUGAGGGAGAAGGGUAUUCACGUGAUUUAUAAAGCGCCAAGGAGUCUCUCCUCGCGAGGACAUGGCGUCCGUGGAGGCGGCAGUCAACUUGGUCCCAUGCGCCACAAGAGGAGCUAUCAUGGCGGCGGCGGCGGCGCCGGUGGGGGAGGAGGACCACCACCACAUCACCAUCAUCGUCCUUAUCGUCAUCAUCAUAAUUAUCCACCAAGCGGUGGUUUCAAGAGGAACGGAUCGCCCUAUCGGCAAAUGGGUGGUGCAGCUCCUGGUGGCGGCGCAGCCGGCGACAUGAACUUGCCCGCAUGGGAGCGUUAUAUGUCUUCGGCUGCUGCAGCAGAAGCCUAUGUGGCGGAUUACAUGAGGAACAUGCAUGGCCAGCUGCCGCCGCUGCCAUUUGUUCCACCAUUCGCCCAGCUGCCACUGCCCGGGGCAGGGGCUGGAGGUGCAGCCGGCGCAGUGCCUCCUGGUGCAAAUGCAUCGAUGUAUGAACAAUUACCGCCUCCUGUGCGCUAUUACGAUGGUCCUGGACCACCACCGCUGCCAGAUUACCCACCACCGCAACCGAUGCGGCCACCUCCGCCAGGAUUCGACAAGGCACCAAGCUAUGAGGACUUUGCCGCUUGGAAGAAUGCGGGCUUGCCCACAGUUCCGCCCCCGGGAUUUCCAAGUGUAUAUGGAGCCGCAGCCAAUGGUGGCAGCAAUGGGGCUGCUGGAGUCGCAGUCACUGCCGGAGUUGGUGGCGUUAGUGGUGGAUCCUCAGGAUCUGGUGAUCGCAGCGGUGGUGGUCCGGGUUCCUAUCGCAGUCGGGAUAAUAAUGGCUCAGCCGGCAGUCGACGACGCGACUACGGCGGCGGCGGCAAUCGGAGUGGAGUCGGCGGUGGAUCUUCGCGAGAUUCGCGUCCGUUUCGGGGUGGCCAGCGAAGUUAUCGGGAUACCAGGCGUUGAGAUCGGUUGUUGUUAAUCGGCUAAUUGUGUAAUCCUCACCAGAAAUUGUGUGCGCGCGUGUGAAAUGAAGCAGCGUAGAGCCGCCUCGCCUCUCCCUUAUAUCGAUAUACACAACACUCCAACUCUCUCUCUCUAUCUAUCUAUCAUCCCGCCCCUCCCCCUAUCUCUUUCUUACUCACUAUUUGUCUGUCUGUCUUGCUUACUGUCCCCUGCAAUCGACCCCCCCAUUAAAAACAAAACAGAAAACUCUGACCCCCUUACACCCCACCCACCCCUCUCAACAUCUACUACCCCCUCAAAAAAAAAAAAAAAAAAAACUCUUUA